GGCCCGGCGCCUUGUUUACCCGGCGUCCUAGCAACCGGCGGGCGCGCGGGCGGAGCGUGGGGCGCGGUGCGGGCGCCGAGCCGGGCGCUGCGGAAGGCACUUGGGGGACAUCCAGUGCUCUCAGGAUCAUUUUCAUCAGCCAUCAUUGCACUGAUGCAGAUGUAUGAUAAUGACAAAGGAUAACAGAAGUCAUUUGAAUAGCGUGAUUCUAAACAAUGUGUGAUCCAGCUCAAAAGAGAUCGCUCACUUCACCUCUGGCCCCAGCAGAGCUGCAACCCAAAGGCCUUGAUGCCAACCUCCUGCAAUUCUUUUUGUUUCGCUCCUGGACUUUCCUGUUUCCAAUUUCUGCCCAACUAUUUGAAUUCUCUCUCUUAGGCCCAGGAAAAUGAGAAAGAAGCUCUUCAUUCCAGGGCAGGCAGAUACUGGAAAAUCCUUACGUCCUCGUCAGUUUCACUUAGCGCUGGUUCAGGGAAAGUUGACUAUUUUAUUGAAUUGAAGAGCAACUGGAUAAUUUAAAAAAUCCACCUCUGAGAUGAAUAAGCAGAAUGUGGGUUGGUGUGCGCGCUGAGCUUGGGUCUGAGCAUCGUGGGAUCCCAUGGGCACGGCACUGACAAGGUCCGCGCAGUGGACGGCUGCGGGGCACGGGGCUAGGGCCCUGGAAACUACCCCUCUCAAUGAGGCGAUACUGAAGGAAAUUAUUGUGUUUGUGGAGAGUUUUAUCUGUAAACAUCCCCAAGAGGCAAACUAUGUUUUUGUAGAACCACUGGAAUGGAAAACCAGUUUGGACCCCUCAGCCUUUGGACCGGGUUACGUGGUCAGUGAAACAACAGUCGAGUCAGAAGAAGCGGAUAGCAAUGCACAGCCUUUGCUAUUUCUCUCUGUACCACAGAUCAAAAUUAGGAGCUUUGGGCAGCUGUCACGUGUGUUACAUAUUGCCACAGAUGCAAAGCUGAGGGAAGCACAAGCGUGUAUUGGAGCGAACAGAAACCCCAUAGCAAAAAUCCUGGGCUUGGAUUAUAAUAUGAUAAAGGAAAUAAAUGAAGACUCAUCUGUAUUAACUAUUCUUGAUAAAAUUACCAAAGAUGAUGAUCCUGAAAGUGAGAUUAAGAUGAAGAUUGCCCUGCUACUCAAGCAGCUGGAUCUGCACCUACUCAAUCAUUCUCUGAAAAAUAUUUCCUUAGAAAUACGAUUAAAUCCAGGGACUGUUAAGAAUGAUAUAGAGCUGCUUAAACGGUUCUCAGGAAAGGGAGAAAAGACAGUCUUGGAAUCUAUCGAGUACACCUCAGAUUACGAAUUUUCAAAUGGAUGUCGAGCCCCACCUUGGAGACAAAUUCAAGGGGAAAUUUGUUAUGUGCUGGUGAAACCACAUGAUGCUGAAACUUUGUGCAUUACUUGUAGCAAAGAAGGAGUGUUUUUAAAUGGUGGCAAAACAGAUGAUGAGGGGGAAAUUAAUUAUGAGAGAAAAGGAGAAAUUUAUAAAGACCUUGUCACACUUUUAAGAGAAAAAUCAGCAAUAUUUUCCGAAAAUAUGUCUCAACAGGAGGUUAGAUCCAAUGAAGAACAGCAAAAGGAAAAGGAUCAGCCUAAUGAGGAACCUGAGGAGGAAGCAGCCGCUUUACGUAAAGCUAACGCUGCUUCCCGCGGGAGUGCGCUGGAGAAGAAGCAAAUCAGUUUGGGAAGGAGUCAGAUGACCAAGAGAUUAGAGCCAAGUUUGAACUGGAAGACCAUACUUUUUGAUGCCAAAAGGAACAAAAGCUCACUAAGAGACACCCGAGAAGAAAAACAUGGAGGAAGACUUGAAAAGUCCAGACCAUCUACUUCAUCUGGAAAAGCACAGUUAAUUCGUAAGAGUGUUGAAAAGAUUGAGGAGAUUAUUAGUGAGAGCUCCUCAGAGAGUGAGGAAGAUGAAGAACCACCUGACCAUCUUCAGGAAACAAAUGCAGAUUUGCCAUCAGAAUACUGGCAAAUUCAGAAGCUGGUGAAAUAUUUGAAGGGAGGAAAUCAGACGGCUACAGUGAUCGCAUUGUGUUGCAUGCAGGACUUCAACUUAGCGCAAGAGACCUGCCAGUUGGCGAUCAGGGAUGUUGGAGGCCUUGAAGUUUUAAUAAACUUACUUGAGACAGAUGAAGUCAAAUGUAAGAUUGGUUCGUUAAAAAUCCUGAAGGAAAUCAGCCAUAAUCCUCAAAUCAGACGUAAUAUUGUUGACCUUGGGGGCUUGCCAGUCAUGGUUAAUAUUCUUGACUCUCCACAUAAGAGCCUGAAAUGUUUGGCAGCUGAGACAAUUGCGAACGUCGCCAAGUUUAGGAGAGCCUGGCGGGCGGUGAGACGCCAUGGGGGCAUCACCAAACUGGUCGCUCUGCUUGACUGUAGUCAGCAUGCCACAGAGCCUGCGGAGCGGAGCCUGUACGAGGCCGACGAUGGGGAGGUGGCCCGCUGCGGGGCACUGGCGCUGUGGAGCUGCAGCAAGAGCUACGCGAAUAAAGAAGCCAUUCGUAGAGCUGGGGGCAUCCCUUUGUUGGCUCGGUUACUGAAGACUUCUCAUGAAAACAUGCUAAUCCCGGUGGUGGGGACGUUGCAGGAAUGUGCCUCAGAGGAAAACUACCGAGCUGCAAUCAAAGCUGAAAGGAUAAUUGAAACUCUGGUAAAGAAGCUGAAUAGUGAAAAUAAGCAGCUGCAGAAGCACUGCGCCAUGGCCAUCUACCAGUGUGCCGAAGAUGAGGAAACCCGCGAGCUGGUUAGGCUGCAUGGAGGACUCAGAGCCCUGGCUUCUCUCCUCAGUAACACUGACAAUAAGGAACGGCUGGCCGCGGUCACAGGGGCCACAUGGAAAUGUUCCACCAGCAAAGAGAAUGUGACCAAAUUUCGGGAAUACAAAGCCAUUGAAGCCUUGGUGGAACUUUUAACGGACCAGCCGGAAGAAGUGCUCGUGAAUGUAGUUGGUGCGUUGGGAGAGUGUUGCCGAGAGUCUGAGGGCAGAGUCACCGUCCGCAAACGUGGUGGCGUCCAGCCACUCGUGGACCUCCUCGUGGGAACAAACCGAGCUCUACUUGUCAAUGUCACAAAAGCGAUCGGUGCUUGUGCACUAGAGCCCGAGAGUAUGGCGAUAAUUGAUCACUUAGAUGGAGUUCGUUUGUUGUGGUCCCUACUAAAAAAUCCUCACCCAGACGUGAAGGCCAGUGCAGCUUGGGCCCUCUGUCCCUGCAUCCAGAAUGCAAAGGAUGCUGGAGAGAUGGUUCGUUCCUUUGUUGGUGGUUUGGAACUUGUUGUCAAUUUACUGAAAUCAGAUAAUAAAGAAGUUUUGGCGAGUGUAUGUGCUGCUAUUACCAAUAUAGCAAAAGACCAAGAAAAUUUAGCUGUUAUCACAGAUCAUGGAGUUGUCCCUUUAUUGUCCAAACUAGCAAAUACAAAUGAUGAUACACUGAGACGUCAUCUAGCAGAAGCCAUUUCACGUUGCUGUAUGUGGGGCAGAAACAGAGUGGCCUUUGGCGAGCACAAGGCAGUGGCUCCAUUAGUGCGGUACCUGAAAUCAAAUGACACCAACGUGCACAGAGCGACAGCCCAAGCCUUGUACCAGCUUUCGGAAGAUGCCGAUAACUGCAUCACCAUGCAUGAGAAUGGCGCAGUGAAGCUUCUACUGCGUAUGGUGGGGUCACCUGACCAGGAGCUCCAGGAAGCCGCAGCUGGCUGUAUAUCCAACAUUCGCAGGUUGGCUCUUGCUACAGAAAAGGCGAGAUACCAUUGAACGGACAUUAUAGCUACCAAAUGUUACACGACACAGGCCAUGUCACUCCCAGGGCCGGGAGGCCUCAACUGGGAAACAUUUCACAGCAAAUCCUUUACAAACAAAUGUCUGAAAACACAGGAAUUUAGAAAUGCAAAGGAUGCUGUUCAUCCAAAAACUGUAUGGGUGUUUUUGUUCUAUUUUAGGGAUACACCGUGUAAUGACAUGUAAAAGCCAAUAUAUCUGUGAUAAUUUUCCAGGAAUUUGAGAAUAUAUGUAUACAGCUUGUGUGUGUGUGUAUCUAUAUCUAUAUAUAGAUAUAUUGGCGAUGCUUUUGU